AUGACGGGGCUCGGUGCAACUGUUCAGUCAAGACUGCCCGAGCAAGCCUCAGCGCGUAGUCGUGAAGGGGGAGGGGUGUUCAAGUUGAGGAGGAGAGGUGAGGAGGAGAGCAGAGCAACGCAGAAGGUGAGGGCAGGUGAGGGCAGGCCCAGGGCAGGGGAAGAGAGACGGCAGACACGACGUGCGGUUAAGCCCCACUGUGACCUUGGGCGAGCAGCAGGCUUGGUAACAACACGGUACAUACUACCACCGCUUUUGAUUGGCGACUUUCAAGGUAUCUGGUACUUCUGGCUCCCAUCGCCCGGCGCCUACUGGUUUGUUGACAGGGCGGUAUUGAUUGUCCUUUCGCUUUUUGACCUCUGGCGGCCAACCCACUCAAUGGAAUGA